GCAGCAGCAGCAGCUAAUCACCAUGCUAAUCACCAGCAGCGACUGAACUUUAGCGUGUAGCUCACCACUCACAACUUUACUGAGUUACUAAAGUCAGGCAGCAGCAGCUUCCCUUCAGACUACUAACAGAGGAAACAAGGAAGUGAACAGCUGGCGGACAUCCAGUUGUUUUCCGCCGGCCAAGGAAAGCGGUGCACAGAUGACCAUGGAGUCUCCUGCGUGAAGAAGCGUCUCUAGACCAGGGCAUGUUAUCUCUCAGAGGCAAACAUCCUCUGUCCUGACACAGGGAGUUUUACAGCCAGGUUCUUGACUGUCUACAUCAACACACGUGGAGUCCACUCCCUCUGUUCUACCUCUUAGGACACUCUAUUUUUUUCUACCUCAGCACAUACUGCACACACACGGACGCACGUAGCUGUUAUCUGCCAGCUCCACACCACCAACAGACCCUUGACUUUAUCACCAGACUUUCAGGAGUCAGUCAUCUAGCGACGGUGUAACACAGCUGACUGGGUUUCUUCCUGUUUAGCUGCUUGAAGAGCCAGCCUAAGCAGCCAUGUUACACAGGAGUUUGUGAUGUCCGAGCCCCGUGACGGGGCAGGACCAGAAGCAGGGGAACGACAAGGGUUGGGUCAGAGAGACGUUCCUCGGUUUGUGGUUGGCUGUGAAGAUGAUGAGCAGGACAUGGGCCAAAUGGAGACAGGCAUGAAGAACGAGAUGUUUCGAGAAGAAGAAAUGGAGGAUGAUGAAGAUGAGUCGCCACCAGAGCGACAGAUUGUGGUUGGCAUAUGUGCCAUGAUGAAGAAGUCAAAAUCCAAGCCCAUGACUGAGAUCCUGGAGCGCCUUUGUAAGUUUGACUACAUCAACGUGGUCAUUUUUCCUGAGGAGGUGAUCCUGGAGGAACCUGUGGAGAAAUGGCCCCUCUGCGACUGCCUCAUCUCCUUCCACUCCAAGGGUUUCCCUCUGGACAAAGCAGUAGAGUACGCCAAACUCAGGAAUCCACUGCUCAUCAAUGACCUCAACAUGCAGUAUUUCAUACAGGACAGGAGGGAAGUGUACCGGAUCCUACAGGAAGAGGGCAUUGACCUACCUCGUUAUGCUGUUUUAAACCGAGACCCCGACAAUCCCGAAGUGUGUAGUCUGCUGGAGGUGGAUGACCAUGUUGAGGUGAACGGGGAGGUGUUCCCUAAACCCUUUGUGGAGAAACCUGUGUGCGCCGAGGACCACAAUGUCUACAUCUAUUACCCAACAUCUGCUGGAGGGGGAAGCCAGAGACUCUUCAGAAAGAUAGGGAGUCGUAGCAGUGUGUACUCCCCAGAAAGCAAUGUACGAAAGACUGGAUCCUACAUCUAUGAGGAGUUCAUGCCCACAGAUGGUACUGAUGUGAAGGUUUACACAGUGGGUCCAGACUACGCGCAUGCAGAGGCCCGAAAAUCUCCUGCCCUGGACGGAAAGGUAGAGCGGGAUAGUGAGGGGAAGGAGAUCCGCUAUCCCGUCAUGCUGACCGCCAUGGAGAAACUGGUGGCCCGCAAGGUCUGCAUGGCCUUCAAGCAAACAGUGUGUGGGUUCGACCUGCUCCGAGCCAACGGCCACUCCUUCGUCUGUGAUGUUAACGGCUUCAGUUUCGUCAAAAACUCCAUGAAGUACUACGAUGACUGUGCCAAAGUCCUUGGGAACAUGGUGAUGAGGGAGUUAGCCCCCCAGUUCCACAUCCCCUGGUCGAUCCCAAUGGAAGCCGAAGACAUCCCCAUCGUCCCAACAACCUCUGGAACCAUGAUGGAGCUACGCUGUGUUAUUGCCAUCAUCCGCCAUGGAGACCGCACACCAAAGCAAAAGAUGAAAAUGGAGGUCCGACACCCUCUAUUCUUUGAGUUAUUUGAGAAGUACGGAGGCUACAAGUCCGGAAAGCUAAAGCUGAAGAAGCCAAAACAGCUGCAGGAAGUGCUAGAUAUCGCCCGCCUGCUGCUGGUUGAACUGGUCCAGCACAACGACUGUGAGAUUGAGGAGAAGAAAUCUAAACUGGAGCAACUCAAGACUGUCCUGGAGAUGUACGGCCAUUUCUCGGGCAUCAACAGGAAAGUCCAGCUGACCUACCUGCGUAACGGCCAACCUAAAGCCUCAAGCGAAGAAGAAGACUCCAAGAAGGACGGACCAUCUCUGCUGCUUGUGUUGAAGUGGGGCGGGGAGCUGACGCCUGCAGGCCGGGUUCAGGCUGAGGAGCUGGGCAGGGCCUUCCGCUGCAUGUACCCUGGAGGUCAAGGUGACUAUGCUGGGUUUCCAGGCUGUGGCCUCCUGCGCCUGCACAGCACUUACCGCCACGACCUGAAAAUCUAUGCCUCAGAUGAAGGCCGGGUGCAGAUGACAGCCGCUGCUUUCGCAAAGGGUCUGCUGGCUUUAGAGGGGGAGCUGACUCCGAUCCUGGUUCAGAUGGUGAAGAGUGCUAACAUGAACGGACUGCUGGAUAGCGACAGCGACUCUCUGACUGACUGCCAGCAGAAGGUGAAGGCCAGGCUGCAUGAAAUCAUGCAGAGGGACCAGGAGUAUACACUGGACGACUAUCAAAAGUUGGCCCCAACUGGCAGCCCAUCGCUGGUGAACUCAAUGAAGAUCAUACAGAAUCCAGUCAAAACCUGUGACAAGGUGUACACCCUCAUCCAGAGUCUUACCUCGCAGAUCCGCAAGAGACUGGAGGACCCCAAAUCUUCAGACCUGCAGCUUUACCACAGCGAGACGUUGGAGCUGAUGCUGCAGCGCUGGUCCAAACUGGAGAGAGACUUUCGCAUGAAGAACGGCCGCUAUGACAUCAGCAAGAUCCCGGACAUCUAUGACUGUAUCAAAUACGACUCAACGCACAACGCCUCGCUUGGACUUGAGGACACACUGGAGCUGUUCAGACUGUCCCGUGCUCUGGCUGACAUAGUUAUACCACAGGAGUAUGGCAUCACCAAAGCAGAGAAACUGGAUAUUGCUCAGGCUUACUGUGUUCCUCUAAUGAAGAAAAUCCAACUGGACCUGCAGAGGACCCAUGAGGACGAGGCCGUUAACAAGCUGCACCCCCUGUAUUCUCGUGGCGUGAUGUCUCCUGGUCGUCACGUCCGCACACGUCUCUACUUCACCAGCGAGAGCCAUGUUCACUCCCUGCUCAGCGUUUUCCGCUACGGAGGACUGCUGGAUGAUGAGAAAGACCAGCAGUGGAAACAGGCAAUGGACUACUUAAGUGCUGUGACUGAACUAAACUACAUGACACAGAUAGUCAUUAUGCUGUAUGAAGACAACAAUAAGGACCCCUCCUCAGAGGAGCGUUUUCACGUUGAGCUUCACUUCAGUCCAGGAGUCAAAGGGUGUGACGAUGAGGAGAACGUACCUCUUGGCUUCGGCUUCCGCCCAGCCUCCUCAGAGAAUCAAGACAAAAAGCCCAAUCAGGGCAGUCUGGAGGACCUCUCCCAGGACCAGCCAGACCAGGCACUUCCUGUCUUUGAGCCAAUCAACAUCCAGCGAAGGUCCCCUAUGAUCCGCAACCGCAAGACUGGCUCCAUGGAGGUCCUCUCAGAGACCUCUCCCAGCCAGUCCUCCAAAGGCUGCACAUCCCACCGACUCUUCCCCUCCUGUUCGCGCCAGUCUCCUGAGAUCAAACCAACCAGUGGCCUAGGCUUGCACUGUUCUGGUCUCUUCAGUGCCUCCGCCCUUGGGGUGUCCUGUAGCGCCCCCAACCUGCGGGACUACGUCCGCACGCACCACCACCACCACCGAAAACCACCCCUGUCCCCCGGCAGUCUGCCGUGCCAGAUUGGCAUGUUUGAGCUGUUCUCUAUGCCGGCAGUAAAGAGAUUUUCUGUGUCGUUUGCCAGGCAUCCGACUAAUGAGCCCUCAGACGAGCUCCAUGUAGUCCAUCUGCUUCAGGGGCUUCUCGCUGAGCCAGCCCUGCGGGGGUUUGCCCCCAUGGCUGGGGACGGGGCCGUGGCCCACCACCUGCGUCACUGUCCCUACCAUGACCGCCUCCUCAAGACUUUGCUAAAUUCUGGUCAGGAACUCCAAGAAUCCCUGCACGGGUUCGAAGGCUGCUCCAUGGUGCCCUCUAUCUACCCAAUGGAGACACUGCACAACUCGCUCUCUCUGAAGCAGGUGGACGAGUUCCUCAACACGGUGUGUGAGAGCAGCAGCGAGGCCCACGCCAAAACCAUGAAAGCCCUCUCCAGCCUGUUUGACUCUCAGAGUCAGACGUCCCUCUACAGCCCUCAGCAGCCUCUUUCCUCCUCUGGAUCUGAAACAUCUCUUCAGCCGCCAAGCCAGCCUCUGUGGCAUGGCAGUAUCCCCUCCAGUGCUGUUUCCAGUGCUGGCCCCUCCUCGCCAAUCACAGAAAGCUCUGGCCUGAACUUCAGCUUCAGUGAGUAGACUGUCUGUCUAAAAAACACAAGGACUUCUGGGUAUCUAAGGGCACAAGCUGAAGACCUUAAUCUCUCUUUGCUUUUAAUCUUCUGUUCCUCUGUCCUUCUGCUCACAUUCACACAAAAAAAACACUGGAGGAGAUGCUGAUUCUGGAGAGAGGCCACUCUGCCUCAGGUAUUACAAAAACUCAGACUGUAAAUACAAGCACUUAAACUUGUACAUGGACUCUUCGGCACUGUACAUCUGAUCACCACACUUUCCCUGCCCCGUAAAGAGACAAAACACUGGAUCUUCAACAGUUCCAAAUCUCUCAUAACCUCGAUCCUCCUCUUCAGUUUGUCGACACAUUCAUAAACCAGCUCCGACUGAGUAACUGUGCAUCAAGCCAACAUUAAGACCAGUUUAUCUAUUUUAGAGUCUGCCUACGCUACAACAACAACAGUGCUGGGUUUUUUUCUGCCCAGAUGCUGUCUCACACACAAGCUGCUUCAAUUCUGACCUUAAACAUGUACAGCUGUGCUGCAGCAAAGUGACUAGCCAAUCAGUGGCCACCCCCACAACAAAACAGGCUGUUUUGGAAAUUCAAGUAAAAUUUAUUAAAAUUUGACCGCUUGAGUUUUUGAUGUGUUUCAGCCACACAUAUAGGCUGAAAGUUACAGCCUAAAGGAAUAGUUCAACAUUUUGGCAAAUACACUUAAUUGCUUUCUUAACGAGAGUCAAGAUACAAUGAUUCAGCAUAAAGCUUAGCAUGAAGAUCGGAAACGGUUAACAAUCUAGCCUGGUAGGUAACAAAACAGCAUCUCUAAUCAACACUACAUCUUGUUCGUUUAAUUCAUACAAAAACCAAGGUGUUAAAAUGAUUAGUGGUUUUACAGUGGGUUAUGUGCUGGACUAUUUCUUGGCUGGGUGCAGUAACUUACUGGGGCAUAUAGACAUGAGAUUGGUAUUAAUCGUCUCAUCCGACAGUUUGUAUGAAAGCAAAUAAGCACACUUCCCAAAAUGUCAAACUGGUCUUUUUAGACUAUGUACACAUGCUUUAACACUGCACGCCUGGUUUAUAAAAAUGACUUGAGGUUGCAGUCAUUAUUCUGAGACUAUUUUUAAACUGUUAACAAAGGGGCAUGUGUGGCCCAAGAAUACUGGGCUGUAAAAUACAAAGGUGAACAUCUGACACUUUUAUGAUUUCAGAGAUUGCAAUCUAAUUAUUCUCAAUCUGGAGGGAUUUGGGUUAUCAUUUUAAAGUUAUACAUUUGGCACACGUUAACUUACUAUAUUAAAGUUGUGGUACUUUUUGUUCAGGGGAUUUUUAGUUCACUUCAUACAACCAAAAUAAGAGGUUUCUUUUCUACAGGUAUUUUUUGUUUAAUGUAAAACACAAGCCAGUUUGAUCAAAUUGUAUUAGUCUUUUCAAUGAUAGUCUGCUGUUGAAUGGAAACAAUGUCUUGAUCUGUAAAUGUGCCUUUAAAUGACAUUUGAGAGAAACAUUUUAAGUAUUGCGGACACUGUGGCCUCCCUGCUGUAUUUUUAUUACUUUUUCAUUUUGGGGGGGGUGUACAAAUCAAAAUAGAUUUUGAAUCUUAAAUGUAGUUUUAUUUUAGACAUAAAGGGAAGAACCACUUGAUUAAGUAAAUAGUAUAAAUGUACUUUUACCUAAUGACGACUACCUGAAAAGUUUUUUUCAGUUGUGUUUAGUUCUAUUUGUUUUUGUGUCUACAGUCUGCUGUCACACCAAAUUACAAAUGUUGGAUGUUGUCCAAAUGUGUAUUUUAAUUUUACAUUAAUCAAGUGACUGUUUCUAAUGAUGUAAUGAGUCAUGCUCAGGUAGACAUAUCAUAAAUCUAUAGAUGGAGAGUGGUUUUAGCAGUAUGUGACUGAACUGGGGGUCAAUUCACUUUCAAUGAAAAUUAAUAAAUUCAGUGGUGAAUUUACUUCAAAAAAGUCCAAAGAAAUACCUUUACGGCUUUGACCAUACCUUUUUAUAGCUAAGUGCUGUGAUUAUGACCAUUAUGUUCAGGCAGUACUGUCUGCAACACCAAAGUGAAAAGGGGAGAAAUAAAACAGCUCCCUGCUCAUUUCACACUGGUGAAAUUUAAAAUGACCCCUAAAACCUUGGAAACACCUACUGUAGAACAAGUGUGUGUGUGUGUGUGUGUGUGUGUAUGUGUGUGUGUGUGUAUAUAUAUAUAUAUUUUUUUUUAGUCAUCAUGAAAAGCGUUUUAGAUUUGAAUAGGAAUAAUGUUUUUUUUGUUUUUUUUUUACCUAAAGGUGGGUUGAUGUGGGUAAUUUUAGUUUUGUAUUUAUGUGAUUGUUUAAUGUGCUAUUUAAUGUCAGCCAAAGAGGAAGGGUGUGUUUCUGUGAUGAGUUUGGCUGCUGGAGAAAAUGUGUAACAUUUCUGUCGAUCUCUUGAGGUUCAGGUCGAGCUGUAAUGUUGGAAAGAGGUGGAGGAGGUGAAGGAUAAUAAAAAAUAAAUCUAUAAACAGUGGAAA